AUGAGCGAUCGUUCGAUCAGUCCGAUCCAUAGCUCGAGAAGAUGCAACCGGUGACGUUCGUACUCUGCCUGGUGGUGCUGGGCGCUCACUCGCUCCUGGUGUUUGGUGCCGACUGUGAAAUAAGCGGCCAGAAGCUGAACAAAGGAGAUUCGUACAAGCCGCCAGAACGCUGCGUUAAGCACACCUGCCUGGGAGCCCCGACCCGAAUCCAGACCUCGAUCUGUCCCUCGGAGGCCACCUUGAAGCCCUGCAAGCUUGUGGGCGAUGUCUCGAAGCCCUUUCCGGCCUGCUGCCCCAAAUAUGAAUGCUAGAUGUCCUUUAAUGAUUACAAAUUUAUAAAGAUGCUUCAAAUACAUACUUGAUAACAUUAUAAUCCUCCAUAGCCAUCGA